CUCGCACUACCACGUGUUUUGGGAAGCGCAUUUCUCGCAAACGUUCAUCUUCGGUAGUUUUGUGACAUAAUAAUUGUUGAAUAAGUGAAGCUGCAUUACAUAUUUAAUGAACAUGUCGUGUUAAGAUUUUCUUCAUUCUAUCGGCAUGUUUGUCUAUUGUAUCUGAGCACGGAUGUCUGGGUGAAAACAACACCACGAUUUCUCUUUUAAUAACGUAACGAUGCAUCAUUUCUACAGCUCACGAACAAGCUGAAUAAAAAAAUAUAUAGAAUAACUGAAAAGGACAAAACGCAAUGCUUAAAUCGGCAAAGAGUGCGACUAAGAUGGAACAUCAGAGUUCAGAGGAUGAAGAGGACGUUUUAGAGAUGGAGAGAAACUUUGCUUUACUUAGCAAGAGGAGCACGACUCGGACUUCAGCAGAGGAUGAAGAGGAAAUGAGAGAUGAAGAUGCAUAUGUAGAGGAAGAUGGAGCUGAACCUGAAGAGGAUGAAGACGAGUCGGGGAGUGAUGAAGAUGAAGUAGAAAGUAACCCUGAAGAAGGAGUCAGCAAUGCACAACCAAACACAGAGGGAAACCUUAAAAAAGAAUUAGCAAACAUGACCUUUCAGGAAAUCAUUAAUCUACAGAAUAAAGUUGGGACAAAAGCGUACAAUAAAAUUGCUUACGGUGCCACAAAGCCUCAGAAUAAAAACGAGCCCAUGAAACGAUUAAAUAAACACAGACCUCAAGAGAUUUCUGCAAAGAAACAUGUGCCUUUCCUCCGAAAAGUGGUUCCCGUCAAGAAAAGGAUUUCAAGAGACCCUCGUUUCGAUGACCUCUCGGGGGAAUUCAAGCCUGAAAUUUUUAAUCAGACGUACAAAUUCCUUAAUGCCAUCCGAGAAAAGGAAACAAAAAUAGUAAAGAAGAAACUCAGGAAAACCAAAUCGGACUCUAAAAAGGAAGAAAUGAAAGCCUUGCUUAAAAGAAUGCAAAACCAGCAGAAGGCCCAACAGAGACAAGAGCAGGAAAGAGAAAAGGAUCUACAGUUCAAGCGGAAGCAGAGAGAGUUGGUUGGCCAGGGGCACAAACCUUUCUACCUAAAGAAAUCUGACAAGAAGAAGCUGGAAUUGGCUGAGAAGUACAGCGAACUGAAAAAGAGCGGAAAACUGGAGAACUUCUUGAGUAAGAAGAGGAAGCGUAACGCCACCAAAGAUCGCAAGAAGUUGCCCUAUCAGCACAAUAAACGCUAAAUAUGGACCAAUCGUGGCUCAUCUGUGUCACCUUGAGUGUGACAAUGCAGAAGAACGGAAAAAUACAUUCUGCUGGACUAUGAUGUUAAAAGCGGACUUGAUGAUUUGAGGUGUACAUUUCACCUACAUUUGCAUUUACGGAUUGUGUUUCGUUAACAGGUUUGACAUUUAUCUCGAAUGCCCAUUUAUUUUUUUGUUGUUUAAUUACGUUGUGAACAUUUUUCUUCAAAUAAAAUGUGUAUUAAAAUUCAA